AUGGGUUUGGCUGCUCUAGGGAUUUCAGCAUACAUGCUGACUUCUACUUCUGGCAAGGAAAAUGAGAAAUUUGUGUACAAGGCACUUGAAAAGGGUGAAGAUGACCUCAAGAUACUUUAUGUGACACCAGAAAAGGUAUCAAAGAGCAAAAGAUUCAUGUCACAGCUUGAAAAGUGUCACAAUGCUGGUCGCCUCUCUCUUAUUUCAGUUGAUGAGGCUCAUUGUUGUAGUCAGUGGGGUCACGAUUUUCGCCCUGAUUACAAGAACUUAAGCAUUCUGAAAACUCAGUUUCGUCAAGUUCCCAUGGUGGCUUUAACAUCACUCAACACUAUGGAGCUUGCUCCACCUUGCUGUGCUUAUCAGAAUGACCAAUUUUCUUGUAACCGAGCUCUCUGA